UCUCGAUCGGCACUAAGAUGAUUUCAUCGAUCAUCGCUCGCUUUUAAAUGACCUCACCCUAACUCACGUCUAACACGCUCUAAGAUCGGAAUACAUUCCAAUCGUUUUAUUGGAUUUUUUCUAUGGCCAACUCAAACAGGAAGCAGUCGCAAGAAAUGGUCCGGCCCGCUACCGCAACACGAGGAUGGCCGGCGUAAACACUAUAGUUCAUGUUCGAAGCAUCCAAGACGGAGCAAAACUUCCCUCAAGCUUCUCCUUUGCGCCUCGUGGUCUCGUGGCUAGACCCAAUUCAUGACGCACAUCAUCGUCUCUCACUUCACUAAUCUAAUGAUUACAUAGUAAAAUCUGAUAAUAUCUACUGUCGUACAAACUAAUUAACGAUGGAGAAGGAAAAAGGAAUUUGGCGUUGUCCAGAAUAGCGGCUCCGCCCAGCUUGCUUCUUUCAUGGCAUAUAGCAGAUGAUCUCAUCCAUAUUGGUUUUUCUUAUUUGUAAAUGUCUGAGCUGUAUCUCUUAUUCCCCAGGUACCCUACUUGCCCAAAUCUUAGAUCAAACGAGUUCACAUAAUAGCUGUGGCCUCUCUUACCUAUUACCCUGUCUUUGCAUGUCCAUCUUUCCACAUUUGAUUCGCUGCUCUAGAGCUGAAUCUAAACGCUUUCUCAGCCCCUUUAAACCAACCAUCUAUCGCAUACCCACGUAUUCCCCAAUACAUUAUAACCUCUCCUCGACGAUGGUCGCUAAAAGACAAAGAUCAACUGUAUUUCUGCAGCAAGAUGACAAGUCGGACAAGCACAUCCAACAGGAGCAACAUGGUGUCAUCCCCAGAAGAUCAGGGCGUAAUAUCAAGAAACAGGGCGAUGUAUCACAGCCUGAUGCUGCAACAGCUAACGGAGGAAGUCCGCCCUCGGCGUCGACUCAACCAAAGAAGAGAACGAUGCAGAAGCCAGAUGUCACAGAGGCCAUUGGUGGCCUUCGUGAAAUGGAGGAUACUUUACGGGAUGAUACCAAGCGGCAGAAGACGGCAGUUUAUGCAAGCUCAAUCCCGAAUGAUUCCUACAGACAGAACCUAGAUUCAACUUUCUUUCCGAGAUUCGAAAAGUGUAAACCGGAUACCAUCCCAGCGGAACUUGAAAGGGAUAGCUUAAGAAACAACAAUGACAAGAAAAAGAAGAAUGUAGCAAAGAAGAAGGAAGAGAAUGGUGAGAAGAAUAGUGUGGAUAAGGAAAUCGAAGCCUACGAGGACGGGGAACCAGGUGAUAGAGAGGAGGGUGGUAACGGAUCCCCAAGGGAGGCCGAUGCCAACGCCUUCGAGCAGGAAGGGUCCCGGGCACCCCCGGUUAACAGUGACUAUCUACCGUUACCGUGGAAAGGCAGAUUGGGCUAUGCUUGCCUUAAUACAUAUUUGCGACUUUCAAACCCACCGAUAUUCAGUUCGAGAACAUGCCGAAUAGCUUCCAUUCUAGAACAUCGCCAUCCCCUUCAAGAUCCGUCCCAGCCUCAACAUCCGGGAAAGAAUCGGCCAGACAAAAACCAGCCGGCUGAUGUAGCCAGGGGCCAGAGAUAUGUUGAAGCACUUGGCCUCGCCAACGCACGUGAUAUUGUAAAGAUGAUCCGCUGGAAUGACAAGUAUGGUAUCAAAUUCAUGCGCUUAAGUUCAGAAAUGUUCCCUUUUGCCAGCCAUGAAGAAUACGGUUAUAAGCUAGCGCCGUUUGCUUCGGAAGUACUUGCUGAAGCUGGAAGAGUCGCAGCUGAGCGAGGCCAUCGGCUCACCACCCAUCCUGGACAGUUCACACAACUCGGUUCGCCACGGCCCGAGGUUGUUAGAAAUUCGAUUCGCGAUCUUGAAUACCAUAAUGAGAUGCUAACACUUCUACGUUUGCCCGAGCAGCUCGAUAAGGAUGCCGUCAUGAUUCUGCACAUGGGCGGCGUAUUUGGCGAUAAAGAGGCUACUCUCGAUCGGUUUAGGAAAAACUAUACUAACCUCUCGCAAAGUGUUAAGGCAAGGUUGGUAUUAGAAAACGAUGACGUAUCAUGGACGGUGCACGACCUACUUCCGAUAUGUGAGGAAUUAAAUAUCCCACUAGUUUUGGACUUCCAUCAUCACAAUAUCAUGUUUGACAAAGGCAAAAUCCGCGAGGGGACUAAGGAUAUUAUAGAACUUUACCCAAGGAUCAGAGCAACCUGGGAUAGAAAAGGUAUUACACAAAAAAUGCAUUACAGCGAGCCUUGUUCGGAAGCCAUCACUCCACGGCAGCGGCGGAAGCAUCGCCCUCGUGUCAUGACCCUUCCGCCGUGUCCGAAUGACACAGAUCUCAUGAUUGAGGCGAAAGACAAGGAACAGGCGGUAUUUGAUCUAAUGAGAAACUUCAAACUACCUGGGUGGGACCGUUUUAACGACGUUAUCCCGUACGAGCGCGAAGAUGAAAAUAGACCGAUACCCAAACCUCUCAAGAAGAAGCGCAAGACCAAGAAAGGUGUAGACGCAGAUACCGAAGCUGGAGAGGAUGCGGAGGAGGAGCUGAAAUCGCCGCCCGAGAUCCCGGAGUCGGAACUUGGGAUGGGCGGCCCUAAUAACCGAGUAUACUGGCCCCUUGGGAUGGAGGAAUGGCUCCGCCCUAAGAAAAGGGAGGUCAAGAAAAAGAGAGCUAAUGACGAAAUGGAUGGUGAUGAUUAGCUCCGUUUUCGGAUUUGGGUAGUAGCAUGCCGUGUUACAGCACGUUUGCAUACUGGUCUAUAGUAAGAUACCACGGGAUAAACUCGGUAAGGUGUAACGUCGAAAGCACCCCGUCGUCGCCCGGCGGUCUGGAUGCUCCGUAGAUAUACGCUUAGAUCCCCAUAAAGUAAUCACUUCUCAUAUUUUAAAAUGUAGAACAAGAUUUCUACACACCAACAUCUUAUCUGACGGCAGAUACAAAAUUAUCAUAUGUAGUGGUUGUAUUUACUACGGUUACUCAUUAUCUAUGGCUGGGUAUGAUUCGAUGGAUACAGUACGACUAUGUAGAUAAGCAAUGUAAGCUUUUAUAUGAGCUGAAAUUGUCGACAUUGCUUGCUUAUUCUAAGUUAGGAAUAGCUCCGCGACUCGAAGAAGGCUGAAAGAA